AUGAAGGCUCGAUUUCUCAGCGAAGCUGAUCGGAUCAAGGCCAUUGAGCGCGUUGCGGAAAACCUGACGGGGAUCAAAAGUGACAUGUUCAAGUGGUAUCAGUGCGUGGAGACCUUGACUGACAUCAAGGCUUGGCUGCUCUUCGGCAUCCAGAUCAGCGCCCAGAUUGCCAAUGGUGGCGUCCAUGGGUUCGGCUCCAUCGUUAUCAAAGGCAUGGGCUUCAGCACUCUCAACACCCUCCUUGUGCAGAUGUUGGGGUCGGUCUUUCAGCUCAUAUUUGUCUUGAUGGCCACUGGAGGAAGCACCUACUUCCGCAAUAGUCGCACCUAUUGGAUGGCACUGAACCUCGCGAUCUCUAUCGCUGGUGCUGCCAUGGUUCGCCAGAUACGAUCAGAACUCAAGUGGGCACGGUUUAUGGGGUACUGCCUCACAAUCGCCUACAGUGCCAAUUUCCCUGUGAUCCUGUCCAUGUCCUCUGGCAACUUUGGCGGAUUCACCAAAAAGACUACAGUGAAUGCGAUGAUUUUCAUCGCCUACUGUGCUGGUAACAUUAUCGGUCCGCAACUAUUCUUCGAGUGGGAAGCACCGUCCUACAGCUCCGGCUUCUUGGCUAUGUUGAUAUGCUACAGUCUUGGAGUCUUGAUGUGCUUCGUCCUUCGUUACUAUUUGGUAUGGGAAAAUAAGCGACGUGACAGCAUUGGGGAGGAGCUUGACACGGGCGUUGAAAAUGACGUGUCUCUGAACCUACUGGAUAAAACGGACAAGGAAAUUCCCCAGUUCAGAUAUGUCUACUGA